ACUCCUUGACAUCUCUCUUCUCCCUACAGUUCUCUUUUAAUCCAUUCGUCCUUCCAUCCGCCUGUGGACCUACAGAUAUGCGACCUGCUCCAUGGAGAUUGCUGUAGAUGGCUGAAGAGCUGUGUACUGGCUGGUUUCGCAUUGUUGCAGGCUCCUUGGAGAUAGAGGAAUGCAAAUCUGCAAUCAUGAUGGAAGGUUUGAAAAAACGUACCAGGAAGGCAUUUGGGAUACGGAAGAAAGAGAAGGGAGACAAGGACAAUGACUCCACGGGGUCCCCUGACAGAGAUGGGGGUUCCCAGAAGAGGGCCAAUGGUGCAGCUGUCAAUGGGUUCUCUGGAGAGAUCGACUGGGACAGAUAUAACACCCCUACAGUGGACGAUGAAGGUUACAGUCUCAGGCCAGAUGAGGAGGAGGGGCCAGGAUCAGCCGGCCCCAAACCCCCCAAGGAGCACUUCUUCUCCUCCAGCGAGUCAGAGGGAGAGGAGGACCACCGGAAAAAGUUUAAGAUCAAGAUCAAACCGCUACCAGCGGAAAGUGCCAACUGUUUGGCCCCGUCAGUAGAUGAACUCAGAGCCUCCAUUGGCAACAUAGCUCUGUCUCCCUCUCCUCUGAGGAGUAGUCCGAGACGUAGCCCGGGGUUGAUGAAUAAGGACUGUAGUGAAGAGAUACAGGUAGCUCGGCCAAGACGUUCUGCACCCAUUGCAGCCCCCACGUUAGCAGCCCCGGUGCUACAAGCCCCCAGAAGUAAGAAAUCCCCAGCAGUACCACUACCAGAGAAGGAACCAGCCCCAGUACCAGCCCCAGUACCAGCCCCAGUACCAGCCGACGCUACAGCCUUAUUUGGACCUCCCCUGGAGACAGCCUUCAGAGAGCAGAAAACUGAAGUGGGAAUAUCUGAGCAGGUGGUGUGUGACGUGUGGGGUGCUCCUCUACCUGAGUCUGAGUCACUGAGCCCAGACUUCUCUUUCACCAGAACCUUCUCCACAGGAACUCCGCCUCCGCUUCCGCCCAAGAAUGUCUCGACCUCCCCCCCUUCGACCAGCUCCCCCUCUGCAGAUGCUGCCGGAGCAUCCUCUCCAGCUCGUCCUGCUACACCAUCAGCUCCAUCAGCGGUUUUCAGCAGCCCUCCCCCUCCCCCUCCACGCCCCACCUCACGACCCAAAUUGCCCCCUGGGAAACCCAGCAAGGGGGACAUGAGCCGGCCCUUCAGUCCCCCGGGCAGUCACUCGUCCAGCCCCCCUUCCAUUGCCCCCCUGGCCCGGGCCGAGAGCACUUCCUCUAUCUCCUCCAACAACUCCCUGAGUGCAGCCACCACCCCCACCGUCGAGAAUGACCAGCCUUCCCUGGUUUGGUUUGACAGAGGGAAGUUUUAUUUAACCUUUGAAGGCUGCUCCAGGGGACCCAGCCCUCUCACCAUGGGGGCCCAGGACACCCUUCCGGUGGCGGCAGCUUUUACUGAAACAGUCAAUGCCUUCUUCAAAGGAGCCAACCCUAACAAGUGUGUUGUGAAGAUCACAGGCGAGAUGGUGCUGUCGUUUCCAGCGGGGAUCACACGGCACUUUGCCAAUAACCCAUCCCCUGCCGUGCUAACCUUCAGCAUAACCCACUACAGCUGGCUGGAGCAUGUGCUGCCUAACCCCCAGCUACUCUGCUGUGACACCGCCACAACACCCAACCCUGACUGCAAGACCUUCUGGGUGAACAUGCCAAACCUGAUUACCCAUCUAAAGAAGGUGGCCGAGCAGAAACCCCAGGCCACAUACUACAAUGUGGACAUGCUCAAAUACCAGGUAUCAGCGCGGGGCCUCACGUCGACCCCCCUGAACCUGGCAGCCAGUUGGCGGUGUGAACCCACCAGCACGGACCUCCGGAUAGACUACAAGUACAAUGGCGGCUCCAUGACAACGCCCGUGGCGCUCAACAACGUCCAGUUCCUGAUCCCUGUAGACGGAGGAGUCACCAAGCUACUGGCUGUGCUUCCCCCUGCCGCAUGGAAUGCAGAGCAGCAAAGAAUCCUGUGGAAGAUUCCUGAUAUUUCCCAGAAAUCUGAAAAUGGAGGCAUUGGCUCAUUGUUGGCACGGUUCCAGCUGUCGGAGGGCCCCAGUAAACCCUCUCCCCUGGCGGUCCAGUUCACCAGCGAGGGCAGCACUCUGUCAGGCUGUGAUAUAGAACUGGCUGGGCCAGGGUACCGCUUUUCACUCAUCAAGAAGAGGUUCGCUGCAGGAAAAUACUUGGCAGACAACUGAUACUUCAUACUACUACUGAACAAAUACACUGGAGAUCAUCAUCUCAAUGGACUAAUGAAAUCCUAUACUACAGAGGACAGACCUACACCACCACCUCCCUACAGACAGACAGUUCUUUCUAAACCUUCGAGACAGACAGGCCAAGGCCACACAGCCUACUGUACCCAGCAGUAUUGUAUAGCUUGCAUAUAGUCUCGUGGACCGUUUUAGGGUGUAAUUAUUGUAUUUGUAAAAUGUAUUAAAAUGUAUUAAUUUCAGAACAUCUGUAUUGCUGCUGCUCUAGACAUCCACCCGGGUUUCCCUCUCUAAAGGUACAUGCUUCUGCCUCUCUAUCCCACUCGCUAACGUGUGGUGUUCAAACUUAAGCACUGCUACAGCUACCUAGCUACUCAACCGCAAAAUCACGCUCUCAACCGUGAACCUAACACAUAAUACACUGAGUAUAUUUUGAUGCAACAACAAAUAUGAGGUAUUAGGAGAGGAUGUAUGAAAAGACCAUUGGGUUGUGCCAUUGAGUGAACUAAGAUGAAUAGACGCACCAUGAUGUCACACUCCUCCAUUCAGUUUAAGGGAGGGGCUAAUUCUUGCUUCUCACAUGCCUCUGAUGGGACACGGUUAGAGCUACCAUGGAAUUCUGGGUAUUGGAGUUUUUAUGUUGUUGGGUUUUUAACAGUUAAUGCGUUACACACUGGCAUAGCAGGUUUAAAGGACAUUGUUCAUUUGGAUGGGGACCAUUACCAGACUCCUCUCUCUUCUUUGAAUGCAGUGAUUUAACAUCGGCUUCAAACAUAUACUCUCAACAUUUUCCUCAGAAAUGAUCAGAAAGUCCUGAGUAGUUAGGCAGCUGCAACAAUAAAUACAUUCUUGGUUGCAAUAUAAAACAAAUAUAAUAUGUUUCCCUCAAUAAAAAAACCUGUACAAAGUCUUAUUUUAAAUGAAUAAUAUAUAUCUGAAAGGGCGUUUGGUGUUUUCCUUGUAUUGUCAAAUAGCCUUUGUUGUCCCUGACACAACAGUGGUAGUACUUCAGAGUACAUUACAGCAUUCUAUUUUUAUUUAUUGAUGAUAAUGAUUUAAAAAGUAUGUAAAAAAGUAUGUGAUUCUGUAUAUUAAUAGAAUUUCAAUGGUAUUGCAAUUUAGAAUGAAGGUAUAAAUAUUCUAAAUAUCUUUUUUUGUUAUCUGUGUAGUUGGGUAACCUGUGUACAGUAUAAUGUAUAAGGUAUAAUUUUAGAAUUUAUUUCAGAUAUAUAAUUUUUUAACUCAAGUGCAUCAGAAGAUUUGACUACAGUAUAUAUGCGCGUGGGGGGAUAAAAUAAAAAAACAAGAUGAAUAGCACCUGGAUGUGUACGUCAGGCAGUAUGAAAGCAGUGUUAUUUAGAGUUACACUAAUAGUUAUUACCUUGGAUAAUCAGUCAGGUUUUGACUAUGUUCUGCUCUGUUUCCAUUCACCUCAAUGUGUUAUUCUGCAUCAAACAGCAUGAACUCUCCUUCGGAUCAAACCAACCAGCGCUUGAAUCUAUGGCUUUAUUUUGCAUAAUGGUAAUGGUCUCUGUGAGAUGACAUGGUGACGAGGAUUUGGAGGGAGGUUAGAUGACCAAAACGCUUUUUUGUAUUUUAUGUGUGUACUCCAGACAGUCCUCUAAAAGAUAGAGAAAUAAGGGGAAUAUUUUUUUAAACAACAAAAAAACCCAUCUUGUUUCAUGUGAAGAAAACUGUGCUGAUAAUUGUUAGAAACCUCCUGAAUGCUCUGAUAUUCAACAUAGAGAACUAAAUGUGUGUGAUGACAUUUAACUUAAAAGGUCUCCUCGUGUGGGCAUCAUAAGUAUGUCAGGAUACUAUCUGUACUUCAUGAAGCUACAUGGCACCAUUUCCACACCUGCCUUAGAACAGCCAUAGAAGUGUCUUACAUGUCCAUGUUGUCUGACCCUUUAGUUGGCAUUUCUAAGUAAGGCAUCAAUGAAUUGUGUCAUGUAGCUCUCUGUAUAGCUGUUUAGUGAGUAACACUUUACUUGAACAUUAUUGUACACACCUAACUAUAGUUAACAGAAAUGACAUUGGUAAUGUUAUUACUGUUUAUGAACUAUGUAUGAUCUCUGGUCGUGCUUAGGAUGUAGGGAGGGUUCAAGCUAAGUGUUACGGCAUGGGUAAUGUAAUGUGUGUCUGCACACAGUUACGGUAUAGUGUUAAAGUGAAGUGGUCCACCAACCAAUAGACUCGCUGAUCUGUUGUCAUGUUAACUGUGAGAACUGAAGACCAGAGCAGGAAGUGUGUCUGUGUGUGGCGUGCUAAGCCAGACUGCUUUGGGUACCGUACUGUUUCUCUGUCAACCACAUGUGCAAGCUGUGUUUUGUACAGACAAUGUUAAGAUGAUCUGAUGAGAAACUAAGUUUGCUUUUUUUCCAAAACCAAUAAAAGUUAUGAACUGGACAAGUUUUUGGAGCACUCUUUUUGCAACUCACAGCAGAAGUUUUAUUAGUCGUAGGUACAGGAUACACAUGGUAUACACUGUCCAACAAAAUGCUUACCUACAGGUUCCUUCUCCACAAUGCAACAACAAUAAGUAAUAACACAAGAUACGAAUACCAACAUAAAGUAAAUGCCUCAAUAGAAUAUCAUAAAUAUUGUGCAUGUUGCUCAAAUGCAGUUUAUUCUGUAUUUCCUCCACCAAUUUUGUGUUCUGAUGUACAGUGCAACACAUCAAGGUUGGCUGUAACAACACUGUCCUAAAGCCUUACUAGGAAUACACUCCGUCUGCUAUUAAGAAGCUGUUUAUAAUUGUGUGCUGUGAGGGAGAUCUAACUGUAGUACGAUUAGCCUUUAAUUCAACGUACCAUGUGUACUGUACAUAUAUGUUUGUUUCAUUUUAUAUUUAUAUGGAUAUAUUUGUUAUUUCAUCUGUUUGUGUUAUCCAAUGCACAGGAUACUGAAUAUGAAAUUGUUUCGUGUGAUGUACCGUACUAAUGAAAUGUUCUGAAAGAAUGCAGAAUGAACCACCAUGUUAUGAUGUGGGUUUUCUCUGAAAUAAAGGAGGCGUAUCAAUUAUGUUUGA